AUGAGUGUCAAGAUUAUUCUCCUGGUUGUCGUCGUCGCUGUAGCUGUCUUCAUCGUCACCGGAGGCUGCAUGAUGUUCUUCACCGAUCUCUUUGGUUGGAAGAACAAGGGAGAUGUCGACUCCGUGAAUGCCACAGAGGGCGCCCUGCUUCCUGGUGGAGAUCCCACAUUGACACCAGAUGAAGAUGGAAUGGUCGGCGGAAUGUUCCCCGAUCACAUGACCGAUGACCUCAAGCUUAAACUCAUUCUCAAGGCUCUGGAUAUAUUAAAGACGCUGGACUUUGAGGAUCCGGACUACGUAAGGACUCUACUGCCCGGCUGGGAUGACAUGACCGACGAACUCAAAGUGCGACUGAUAUUGAAGGCUAUUUCACUGUUGGAAGAUAAACCACUGACAUCGAUGUUUGCUGGUCACGUGGUAGCUAAACUCAAACUUACCCUUCUUCUCAAAGCCAUCGUAAUUCUGAAGUAUUCAUUAAUUUUUUUUCUCUUUAACUUUCAGGAGGUAAAAGUGGACCUAAGUGAAAUUGCAGACGACCUCGACGACCUGAAGUUCAACCUCGUUAUCAAGGCGCUUCACAUUCUCAAGGUGUACCGAGGGGACUUUGAAGACACAGUUUUCAACACGAAGAGCAAGCUCCACCUCAAACUGAAGCUGACACUAAUCUACUUGUCCCUGUACAAGUCGGGAAGGCGCCAUGCCCGUGACGUCAAAAACAUCUGGCCAGUCAGCGAAGGCGAGGUGGAUUUGGACAGCCAAUCAAAACCGUCCGUGCGCGUGAGGAUCGACAAUGGCGCCUUGAUUCCCGAGCCAAUUACGCCAGAGCAGACGACACCAAAAGAGCGGGAAAUUCCUGGCAAGAAGAAGAAAUUGAUCAAAAUCUUCAAGUUCCUCAAGUGGUUACCCAGGGUGCUUCACAAGAAAGGACAUUAAACUCUAGUCUACAUACAAUAAGAAGUCUUGUAAAAAAAAUAUAUGUAAAUGCUCAUUAUCAUCGAACUACAAUGAAUAAAUGUACCACAAAUUGCACAAUUUUGCAAAAAAAUGACCCUAAGCAACUCAUCCAGAAGGUUUGUUGAAAUUCACAAACAAUGAUGACAGCAACAUUAUUUUGUUGAAAUAUAGCGGUGGUCCUGUCAAAGUUUCGAUGGCCUAUAAGAUAUGGCCUACAGGAACAUGUGUGUAAUCUAGUGAUCAACCUAAUGCAAAAUAAUACAUCAACAAACCGUAUUUAUUGGUACUCAAUUAUGUGUCAAGGACACAUGAAUGUGUUUUUCACCUUUUUCGUUUUACAUUAGACCAUUCACUCUUUUGUCGCUUAUUAACAGGAACAAAUAAAACACCUUUAAACCAUUUAUUUUUAAAUUCAUGUAGUUUGAAUUAUUAAUUUUACUUAACUAAUUUUACAUUUCGUAUGUGUAUCUAAUC